GUGCGUCUCUGCCCACGCACCGCGCCUCCUCCAGUUCGGCCGGGGCGAAUCCGGCAGCGACGUCCAUGCGCGUGGAGUCUGUUUCGGUAGUGGCCUUGGAACGACCGGAGGACGGGGGCCUCUUGUUGCGCGUUCUGCCCAACGUGGUGGCGCGCCCCGUCGAGAGCGAGCCAGGCAGUCUCUCGGCGCCCAUUAGCCUGGCGGAAGAGCAGGAUCAGGAGUGGGAACUGCCGCCCGAACCUGCCUGUGAUGCCUUUGUCUCCAGACUCCAGGCCUCCACCCGCGUGGAAGCGUUGAGUGGUGGGCACUGCGUGAUUUGUGCCGAAGACAUCUUGGAGGAUUGUAUCCGACGCUGGUUGACGCGAAGACACACCUGUCCGACCUGUAGGAUGGAGCUCGAGGUCGAUGAUGUGAGGUAUCUGCGCAGCAUCGGACUCAAGGAGGAAGCGGAGGCAUUAGAGAAGGUGAAAAGAGAGCGCUUGGCCCUGGAACAACAGCAGCAGGCGGCUGAACGCCGACGCUGGGUGGAGUCCAUGCGGCGUGGAGAAGCAGUUCACUUUGGCCUGGCUUGUGGCGCUUGCGCCAUUUCGCCCAUGGUCCGGGAGUGCUUUCGCUGCAAGGACUGCGAGGACUUCAUGAUGUGCUCCGAAUGUCAUAAACACCGGGAGGAAUGGCAUGCGCCCAGCCAUCAAUUCACCUCCUUCGGCGUGCCCUGUCCGGAGUCCUGGCCUGCCAUCGGAAUC